UUAAUUUCUAUGCGUAAAAAAAUCAGAAGUGGCAUAGGUUCUGAAACGUAACGAAACAGGGCGCAGUCAGCUGUUUCCAUGCCAUUUGUACAGCUGAAUAAACACUUUAGUUUUAUUUAACUGGUGUAAUGCUGUACAAAUUUCAAGAGAAGUUUGCGAAAAUUUAUUCCAGAGUUAAAAAGCUAGUGACCGAGGACCGCUAUUUUUUGUGAAGGAAAGUGUACAAUUAACUAGAUUGUAGAUCUAUAAAAGUGAAAUCGAAGGCUGACCGCUCACCGACAAGUCAAAUCUGGACGAGUGUAGGCCUACGCAGACUGCACACAGAAACAUGGAAUUCAGUUGUCGACUCAAGUCUUGCGCGCACCCUCAUCCUCUCAGCUCAAAGUCAGCCCGUGUUGAAGUAAAGUCGGCCUUACCAAGAGGUGGUCUCAGGAAAGUAGAAGAUAAGUUAGCAGUUCGCUGGAAAAAGAAUGGAGAGGCUGUUUUUCACCCUGCCUGCUGGCAAAGACUUACUGAAGCAGCCUCUCAGCAGAAGAGGAAAAAGAGGGUUAAAAAAAAGACUGUGAAGAAAGACAAAGCCUUGGGCAUGAGUGGAGCUUCACCAACUACUAGAGACAACUUGGGAGCCCAUGUUAUAGAGUGUGAAAGGGUGAUGAUACAAGAAGCAAGCAAGACCGAGGAAAUAUUUGAUUCUGAAGAAGAUGUGAAAGAACAAGCGAAAAGAGUGGCACUUAUGAUAAAAUCAGCAAAGCAUUGUGUGUUCUUUACGGGUGCAGGGAUCUCGACAGCUGCGGGUUUGGGAGACUUUAGGGGCAAAGGAGGCAAAUGGACAGAGGAAGAUCGAGAGACUGUCACUAUUGAUGAUGUUGAGGAAGAAGACCUGGGACCACCUCCAGUGAAGAGAGCCAGAUCAGUUGGAAAGAAAAAUGCUUCAUCAAUGAGUAAGAACCAGUCUCAAGGGACAGCAGCGAGUGAGGACAAAAUAGAGAAAGAAAGAGAGGAAGAUGAUGACAAUGGCAAUGAGGAGCUAGAUUAUGAACACUUGAGACCAACGUUUACCCACGAAGCCAUUCGGAGGCUAGUAGACGAUGACCAUAUCAAGUACCUGAUCAGUCAAAAUUGUGAUGGUCUGCAUUGUUUGUCAGGAGUCCCUUCUUCAAGGAUAUCUGAACUUCAUGGCAAUGUCUUCAAUGAAAAGUGUGAGAAAUGUGGUGCUAUGUACAGUCGGCCAUAUUAUGUAUGUGACGAUAUAGGUGACAUGUACCUAGAGGAAGUGGCUGAUUUUGGAAAAUCUACGAUCAUUGCCCCCAAAUUUAUGAAAAAGUGUAGAAAGUGUGGACUAAGUCACCGAACAGGCCGGCAGUGUGAUGUUGGGGGCUGUGGAGGACAGCUGAUAGAUACCAUCAUCAAUUUCUGUGAUGACUUGGAGGCGGACAUUCUGGAUAAAGCCUUUGCAUCUGCCAAGUCCUGUGAUCUGCUGGUGUGCCUUGGAACAACUCUCACUGUUACACCUGCCUGCAACAUUGUUCACCACAUCAAGAAACCUCGCAGGAUUGUCAUCUGCAACAGACAAGUCACGGAGAAGGACGAGGAGAGUCUGAAACUGGGCCGAGAUGGAACCCCCCUUGGAGCACGUAUCCAUGGUGACUGCGACGUGUUCAUGACGUACGUGAUGAAGAACGUUAUGGGGGAAGAAGCCUACGAUGCCUUUGUGGCCAGCCUGCCAGAGAGGAAGGCACAGUAUGAUGAGCAAAGAAGUAAACCAUCUGUGAAGUGAGGCCGUGAGAUGAUAGCCGCGUGUGGAUUUUCAGUCGUGUUAUGUGCUGUGAUAAGGGGGGGAAAAAUUAGGCUCAAAGCGUAUUUGAGAAUGUGGCACAGUAUGGGUUAAAAUCUUCAUGGAGUAUUGGUAUUUUAGAGGUGGGGUCUCUUCAUUUCUGAUAAAGAUAAAGCAAGCGCGCACAGAGCUUGGAAACUCCUUUAUCCACUUUAAGCUCAAAAUGUGAUGCUACAGAUUUGAACUAAGUUCUCCUGCACUUUAGUCCAACAUGAUACUGACUUGACAGUGUGCCAGUGGAGGUGCAGAGGGAUGGAAAAGUCGAGCUGGAUCCGAGAGAUUAUUUGUAGUGCUAGCCUGUUGUUUGAGAUUUUGUUCAGAGCAAGUUUGCACAACAAUAGUCCCUUUUCAUCAAGUAUAGAGGAGUUUAUAGAUGACUCUGAAAAAAAAAAAGAUGUCACAAGAAGGAGCAUACCAAACCAGUGUGCCCACCGAGCCCGCACAGGAGAUCUCAUUGGUUGACCUGUGACCCGAGAGUAAAAGAAUCACUUUUGCUGUCUGGUAGUAUGUGAUACAGUAUGAAUGGUGCUUGUGGAAGGCAGAAAAUAUUAACAUUAAAUUAAAGUAAUACGUCCCUUGUGCCUCCCGUGAAUAUUGGUUCUUUUUUUUUAGUGGUCUUUUUGGUAUAAGUUCUAUUUUCAAUGUAUUAUGUGAACCUAUUUAUACAGUUCUCUGUUAAUUAUUUAUACAUAUUGUUGGAAAUUGUUUAGUCCGUCUACACAUUUUUCUGUGAUGUGCAAACAUUUCAAAGUUUUUUCAUGAAUAUUGUACGUCCACACCUGUUGGUGGGGGAAAGAAAUAAUCCUCAUGUAAUCUCAUCAUAUUUUUUUCCUGUACUUUUUAUACAUGUUUUGUGCAAUUUGUCAAAGUUACUGGCAUGCCUUAGUAUGUUGGUGCUGUUACUAAUAUAUGCAUGUGCCAGAAAGUGCCAGCCUCAAAAGCUCAAUUUUUUGGGGUCUUUUAAAAAAAGUCUGAUUAUCUUUAUUCAAUUCCUGAGUGUACAAAAAUAUUUAUUGUCACAGUAAGAUACACAGAGGUUUUUUUCCCAUUUCUAUGUUUUCCCCUGGUUUUUCUAUUUUUAUUCAUUUAUAACCUUUACAGCAAACACUUGAGGAAUAACUAUUAUGAUGAUAAUUUUAAAAAAAAUAAUAGUAACAGUAAGAAUAAGAAUAAGAUUGCUUAGAACUUUAUUGAAGCUUGUAGCUAGAGCUGAAGAACUUGAGCAAGGCUGAAGUUAAUAAUUGAAGGACUUUUAAACAAGUUCACGUUGUGAAAUGAUAGGACCAUAACCAUCAUACAUUUUGAUCAUUAUUUUGCCAAAAGUUUUCAUCAUAAGUUGUUUUCCUGGAGAGUAACUUCAGGGAGACAGACGACUGUAAGAAGAAAGAAUCUGUGUUAGUAAUUUUUGUUGUAGACGUUUAUUGCCUUCCAUUGUCAGGGACAUUGAUAAUAUUACAUUUGACAUUACAUAUAUAAAUAUAUAUUGUAUCGUCGAUGGGAUUCACAAACCGACAACAUGCAAAAAUUUCAAUUUUUAAAAAAUGUGCUUAAUCAAUAGUAGGCUAAAUAGCCUAAUACGUGUCCCCAAUAAAUAUUAGGUUUGAAAAAAAAACUAGAAAUAUGUUUUAAUUGAGACUUUCCAAAACGAACACCUGCAGCUGAUGAAAAAAUGGCAUCGCCAAACGGGCCAUGUACAUAGCCGCUUCGGUUUCAGCAGACCGUCUAGACACGUGUUGACACGUGUCAUCGAAAACGGGCUACAUGCUUCCCCGCCGCGCAUCACCCCAACCGUUCCGUACGUUAUUUUUUUCUUGAACUAGACAGAAUUUUAAACUGUUGUCAGUGUUCAUCAAGAUAAAUAAUAUUAGUCAACAAUGAAGUGACUUAUAAUAGAAAGCAUUUGUGUGAUUCGAUUUACUAGAUUAAAUUUGUCAACUAAUUUAUGCAUCUAGAUGAGACAUAAGAACACGAAAGACCUGUAUAGAGUUCCAGCCACAUUAUGGGCCCGCACUUUUACAACAAACUCUCUUCUUCUUCUCCUUCUCCUUCUCCUUCUCCUCCUCCUUCUUCUUUUUCUUUUUCUUCUUCUUCACCUACAUUAAUUGUUGUAUUGUAGCACACUCUAGUGUUAGCUGCAGCAGAGCAACUGUAAUAGCAUUAGUAGUAUCAUCAUCAUUAGCAGCAGCAGCAGCAGCAGUCUUGUACUAGCAGUUUGAAGCAACAGCAGCAGCAGAAGUAGUAAUACAAAACUAAUACUAUGAAUAUUACAGAAAAUAUUUUGACAACAAUAUGCACUUUAUUGCUACUAUUUCAUUGUUGACAUUCUGGAUGCUAUCCUUUUUGUUUUUGGAAGUAUCUUACGCUGUGACCAUGGGUUUGAACUAAUAUUAUUCAUUGGUCUCUUCACAAAAUUAAAUGUUUCAGUCGUGGCGUAUACUAUACUGUGGCAGACAUCAUUUUCUUUCAAUUCACUUAUCAUGCAUCAAUAAGUUAUCUAUUCAAAUAUCUGGUCUUGGUAUUAUGGUGCCAGGGCUAUAUUUAGUCAUCUAUGAUUCACGAUUGGUAAAGAAAGGAUCAAGAACAAGUCAUCGAAAGAAAAACAAACCUCCCGAAAUAUGAAAUGGCUAUUUAUGUCAGGUUUACAGAAUAGUUCGUCCUGGUUAAUGCUGUUUUUCUAUAAUUAAUGCUAGUCCUUUUCAAAUAUCCCUUUCUUGACAUUUUGGCAUGAGUCUGGCUGAGGAUACAUGAUGGAUCCCUUAUUUCGAGGAAGAUGCCUGGUAAAACUGAAUCUGGCAAAGACAUUGGAGAAGACCGUGGACAAUGGUAAGUGCGCUCCAACAAAUUAUCCACAGUUCACCUCUAUCAUGGAGCCAUAAACAGCUACAUGCGAAAUAAAACUAUCGGUUGUGGUAUUUAAGAAAAAUCAAGUACAUGUAGUAUUUGGUCCCAACACUUAUAACUUAACCUUUUGUAUAAAAAUAUGAAACAUUGUGCUACGCGUUUUAACAAUAAUCAGUUUUUUGUCCUUCCUGUAAAAUUUGCCUUUCUGCUUGUUGCCGGUUUGUGAAUCCCAUCGACGAUAUUAUAAAUAGUUAUAGCUCUUUUUCUACAUUUAUAAUUAUAUAAUGGUUUAGGGUUCAUUUUUGUCACUGGAUUGUUGCAUUUCUUUUCAAUAAUAUCCCAUUCAUCUUUUACAAAUAAUCAAAUAAUGUUCAAAUACAAGGGUGCAACCUGAGCAUUCGGAUUGAGAGCAGCAUGCUGCGUGAUGGAAAACUUAAAUGUGCAAUAUUGCUGACUGCAGGGUUUUCUUUUCCUUGGCUCGAAAGAAAAAUCCAGCUCUCCUGAAAAGAAAAGACAACGUCUGUGCCUGAAAGUAAAUGUUUCUUUGUUGUUUUUGUCCUCACUCUUUCCUUUUUCAGAUUGUGCACAUGGAUAUACCACUAUCACUGAAUAUGAUGUUCAUUGCAUUCCUUUUCAAUACAUUUUUCAAACUACUGGUAAAUGUACUAUUUUUGGUUGUUUCUUUCCUUUUUUUUAGAACUGUUGUGAAUGAAUUUUUGGGCUGUGUACAAAAUUUAGUCGAUUAUUUUUUAGAAUACAGUUCUGUUUCCUCCAAGCAGAAAAUAUGACGGACAAAUACUUCUUCAAUAAGUGUGGAUCUGUUGGGUUCACUUGAUUGAAAUUUUUGAAAAUGGUGAAAUGGAACCCCUAUCAACACUGUUGAGUGUUAGGUUAUUUAAGAGGCAGAACCUCUGAGUUAAACGUCCACCUUCAAAAAGACUGAGCCAAAUGGGAAUUCGCGUAAAGUGUCUUUCCCAAGGACACAACGUCGGUCCGAUCUGAGGCUUGAACCCCCGAACCUGCAAUCUCUCAAUUACGAGUCUUGUUGCCUGACUACAUGACUACCGAAGCCACUAUUGAAAAUUUAAUCAUCAGGAAUUCACCACAUGUAAAUAGUAUGACAGAAUGGAACAAAUUAACAAUGCAACACCAGUCCUUUUCACAUCAAGCUUUCUCUGACUGUGCCUCAGUGAAACAGAAAUAUUACUAAUUAGUUCGGGCAAGUCGCCGUAUUGUCAUUCAUUAUUCAACCUUCAAUUCCUCCAAUUGUCAUGUGAAAAAACCACAAUGGUGUCCAUUUGUUUCUCUUUAACCUUUACUGGAAUAAACAUAAAAAGCCGGGUAACUCGAAAACUGCAGACCAUAACAUGAGUUAUACAAAAACUGCAGGAAACAUGCCAUAAAAACUUACUUAUAUCAUACUCUCGUUUACAAAGAGUGUCUUUUCAAGUCUGGAGAUAGCUUCCUUUGUAUAACAAACUACAGCAACAAUAGGCUUGUACAUUAAUGCAUUAUUCUAAAACUUUAGGACACUUCAUAUCUUCUAUGUCACUCACACCCUUAUAAAGGAAGCCAACAGUGGUUGUGUGCCUUCUCUCAUUAAAAUAAUGUGCCUCUCUCUCGUUCUCUUAGAGAUUGCCAAUAUAUACCAUGCCUAUGUUUUUCAUUGGCAAUUGAAAUUUUGUGCAUCACCUCAUGCAUCAUCUUUGUCAAGUUGCACAUUCAUGUGUAACUAUAAAUAGUUUCAGUAACUUAAGAAUGAUAGGAAUGUGGAUCUAGCUUUAGCUCAUGAGUCUGAAAGCGAUGAUGACACUGUGCCCAUGACAGCUUAUAAUAUAAAUGGAAUUGCCACAGCCUGAAGUCAUAUAUGUACAUUACAGACUCAUUUUCCUUUAUACAAGUUAAAUAAAUUACCAUACUUCCCUAUUAAAAGUUGCAUAAAAAUAUAAGC